CUGCAGAAGACUGGCUGCAGCAAGGGGUGCGGGCCUGUCCGGGUCUGAACAAUUCGUAGCCGAGCAGCCCGCCACCUAAGCGUGACAAGUGUAGAGAGGGUGGCGUGGCAGGCCCCAUCUCAUCCUGUCCUCAGGGCCCACAGGGCAGCCACAGGCGCUUACUUGGUGUCUCUGGGAUGGAGGCCUCUGGUCUGCCUCUGGGGAGGCUGCCCCGCAGCUCUCAUUUCUGGGAGAUUUCUAGCCCCAGGUUCCCAGUGCUCGGAGGCACGGCCCUCCAUUUCCAAUUCAUGCCACAGGCUUUGAUAUGGCUGUUUGACUGCAGACUUCCAAGUGCUUUAUCAAGUUUAUCAAAACCUUGAUGGCUGGUGUGCUCAGGGGGAAACAGAGGCACAGGGAGGACAGAGGAACCUGCACAAGGCCAUGCGCAGAGCUGAGAAUAAAGCCUCAAUCACUGGAACUGCAAUGCACGGCGUACCUGGCUUCUCUAACCGGGGCUCUUCUUCCUCCGCGCUUGCAUCCUCACAGAGCCUCUACAGCCCAGCCUCCAGCGCAUGGUUAGCUAAGACGUGUCCCUUUAGCCCCCAGCUCUUCCAGCACCUAGGGACACUCUUCCGCACCCCAUGCCGGCGGACCGCCCACGGGCUGCCCUCCCCAUCUCCCCUGCGUGCUCAGCCUUAUUUCCUGAUUCCUGCAGGCCAGAGUCUUGGGUGAAGGCUUUUGUUGCAGGCAGGAAGAGGCAGAGGAGGCUUUGCAGAGCUGUGUGGCACUUGUGUACUACUGGCCACAAGCCUGGAGCUGGAGGCACCACCCUGGGGUGGGGGAAUGGGUGCAUCUGAGCACCACUUCCUGCUUCCCAUCAACAGGUCCCCUCAUAGGCAAGGGUCACAGGACACCUGGCUUGAACGGGGGCUCCCAGCGUCUUGCUAUGACUUCCCCGCAAGCAUCCUCUGCAGCACAACAGUCCGGUGCAGCUGCACUGCUGUGACUUGUGGGGCAGAGGGGGACUAUGCUUGACCAAACUUUUUCUCUGCACUUACUGGAUUUCUUUCUUUCUGUUGGAAGGAAGAGGGAGGCAGCAGGCCAGGGCACUGCCCUGCUCGGUCGUAGCACUCAGGCUCUAACGCAGAGCUGCCCACCCUCUCCCACUGCAGCUAUUGCAAAUUGCAAAGACGCUGCCCUUCCACCGAAGGACUGCACACUAUUGGACUAUCAUCCUCAGGCCUCCUAAUAACACAGCACCUGGCUCUCUUUUGCUGGUGUUGUAGAUGCAUCCACAAUAUAUUUCAUUACCUAUGCCCUUUGUGACACCAGUCACUUGGUCAAUAGUCCUCCAGUGAAAACCCUUCCAUGCCACCUUUCAGGACAGUGAGUAGAAAUAGAGGGAGAAAGAGUAGGCAGCUGAGGAGUUUGCUAAUGGCCAGUCAAAGCUAAAGUAGCCAAAAUGAUGUCGAGUCAGAGGGCAAUGACUCAACCCUACCUCUGGGACCAAGGCACACUCAUUCCCCUCGAGUGCACAUCUUAACGCCUUGCACAUCACCGAUGCCGCUGAAGUCUCUGGCUGGACUCUUCCUUGGCAUCAGGCAUUCCUGAGCUCUCUGGGCUCCAUGUUGACUUGCUAAAAACCUUUCUGAUAUUUGCAUUGUGCAGGGAAAUAUUUUGUAGCAAAGCAAAGCUACCAGAUUACAGAAACCUUUGAUUAUUCAAAACUGUACUUUAAAGAUUAUGUAAAGAAAAGACAAGAUACUAAUCUGUAGCUCAAAUAGGUCAUUGUGAGCUUUGUACUAAUUUGCAUUGCAAAACUGCAAGGCGAGGCUCUUUGUUGGUAAGGACUGGGUCCUCCUCCUUCCUUAAAUUAUUAACCCCACCGCAAAAAGGUUCUUUCAGAGCGGCUGUCAACCUGCUAGAGAGGAGACGCACUGCCUCCGAGACCAUGGGGUCCUCUGUCUUCUCUCUGGACAACACGGACGUGCAGAUCCUGAUGGAGAUGAGUGGCUACGGCGACGCUGAAAACACCACCAAUGACUUAGACAACUAUUUGUGCCCCGAGUCAACCUCGUCACUGACUAACGAAGCUGCAAACAUGUUCAGAAAGAUCUUCAUGCCCCUCAUUUACCUGCUGAUGUUCCUCCUGGGGACCAUGGGCAAUGCCCUGGUCCUGGCCAUCCUGGAGCGCUGCAAGCGUUCCCGCACCACCACGGAGAGCUUCCUCUUCCACCUGGCCCUGGCCAACAUGGUGCUGGUGCUCACCUUCCCCUUCAGCGUGAUUGAGAACCUGGCUGGCUGGAUCUUCGGGACAUUCCUCUGCAAGGUUCUCAGCGCUGUGCACAAGAUCAACUUCUACUGCAGCAGCAUCCUGCUGGGCUGCAUUGGCGUGGACCGCUACCUAGCCAUCGUGUACGCCAUCCACACCUACCGGAGGCGCAGGGCCAGGGCCAUCCACAUCACCUGCGCAGCCAUCUGGGUCUUCUCACUGGUGCUGACUUUGCCCGACCUCAUUUUCAUGGAGGUCUGGAAAGACACCAACAACCGCAGCAUCUGCUACUUCCCACAGAUGGGGAUUCAUGGCAACGACAUGUGGCUGGCCACCCGCUUUCUGUACCACAUUGUGGGUUUCUUCAUGCCCUUGCUAGUCAUGUGUUACUGCUACGCAGCCAUCGUCAGGACCCUGUGCCAGUCGCAGCGGCUGCAGAGGCAGAAGGCCGUGCGAAUUGCCAUCGUGGUCACAGCCGUGUUCCUGCUCUGCUGGAGCCCGUACCACAUCGUCAUCUUCCUGGACACGCUGACCAAGCUGGGCGUGCUCUCAAAGGACUGCCUGGUGGAGGAGCAGCUGGGCACCAGCAUCCUGGUGACAGAGGCCAUCGGCUUCACACAGUGCUGCCUCAACCCCAUCCUGUACGCCUUUGUGGGAGUCAAGUUCCGCAACGACUUCUUCCGCAUCCUGCAGGAGCUGGGCUGCAUCAGCCACGAGACCCUGCAGGAGAUCCUGGACGUGACAAGGAGGGGCAGCGGGGUUGAGUCCGACAACACCACGUCCAUCUCCACCUUCUGAUGAGGACACGGGCACGGGCUGGAGCCAGCCUUGCAGCCCUGGCCUGCGGCGCACAGACUCCACAUGAUGCAGGCCCCCGGCCCCCAGCCCCAGGCCCGUGCGGCAGGAGCAGCCGUAGCGCCUUCUUCGCUCCGCGUGAGGCCGAGGUCCAACAGCCAUUCACAUGUCCGAGACUUGCCAGCUGCUUCCCCUGGCUACCGUGUGCAUUGAACACGUGGCCAAAGCCCAGACCCAAGCAAAGCAGGCUGAGCACAUCUGGCCUGUCUGGCCAGGCAGCAAUGCAAGCCCAGCCACUGCUUACUGAGCCAGUUGCCUCCAGCCCAGGCACUGAGCCCCAUGCAAUCAAGGCCCAUUUCUCAGGAGGUCUGCCAUUGCACCAGGCUGCUUGUUUCUACUUUACGGGGACGACAUUCAAGACUCCCACUGCACCCAUCUCCAAGGGCUUGAUGGUUAGGAGUGCCUUUCCUGUGGCAGCUGCAAACUCCCCUGCUCACUGUCUCCCCGUGUAACCGUUGCUGAUCACACCAGGUCCUGACAUCUGAGAGCAGGCAACUCUGGGUGCGCAGGCAACCGUCUUUAAGGAAGACCCUUCCCUGGCUCAGCACAGCUCCAGCCCUAACCACACUGUCACAGGUGCUGCCCGAGUCUGAAGACCAAGGAGAACUGCUCCUUUCUCUGGGGCUGAAGGGUCACGGGCUCCUCUGGGGCUUGGUGGCUGCAUGUUUCUGGGGGGCCGAGUACAAGAAUUUCCAUCAGUCCAGAGCAAACCAGCACAGGGAAGGGAACAAACUCCCUGGGGUCUUGGCUCCUGUCUCUGGGGUGGGGUAGGUGUGCAAACGAGAUCCCAGGUUGGCUUUGCUCUGCGCUGUGCUGUGCCUGCAGAUGCCUCCGCUCUGCCUGCCACGAGGGGCUGGUGGAAAUCCCACGCGUUAGGCUGAGGCAGCAAAAACUUGAGCUCCAACGACUGAGCUGAACCGCAGGUGCCCAGUGGCUGCUGGGGCCAGAGCUGCUCUGCACAGACACGUGCCAGUCACCCACCUCCUCCGCUGUCACCCACCCCUCAGCGUGUGCAGCCCUUCGCCAGCCCCGGGUGAUUCAGCCGCGUUGCAGCAGAGCUGCUGCAGCGCAGGCCGAGGGAAGCAGCUCCUGGGCCGUCCGUCUGCAGCCGCGCUGCACGGCGGACUUGUGGUGCUGGCCCAUUUUGGCCUCUGCCACCAGCUGAGCUGGGGCCACUUUGUGAACUCAGGGUGCUCGUCUCAGGCCCCCUGCCCACUGGCGGCUCCCGCUGCCACGCCGGCCCAGGGGCAGCAGCCCCAGCGCUCGGGCAUGGCCGAGGCACAGGGGAGUGGCUGCCCCGCCCACCCUCCACCCCGGCCUGAGGGGAGGCCCGGGGCCUGCGGAGCUGGGGCACGGUGCAGUGGGAGACCCCAGCCCUUAAGCAGCAGGGGUGGGGAAGGGGUGUGCGAGGCAGCGGCUCCCAGCCCCACACGGGCAAGUCUGACCUG